UUUCAAACUGGCAUCUGUCUAGACGGGAUUUCGGGGCAAUGAUUGGGGUAAAUCUGGAAAGGCAAACUUAAAAAAUCUCACGAGAAAAAAUGAGAUUUACCGAUUAUUGUUUACAUUGCAUUUUUUUGGAAACCGAACCGAAUCGAUCCGGAUUCAACUGAAAUGAUCGGAACAACACAACUUCCGUAACAUAUUGUGUGCUGGUGCGAGGAAACUAAAGCCGAAAACAACUUUGUUCUGAUUGACCACAGUAUUGGACCGAACCUAUCAAAUUGGAGGACAACAUAUUUACUCAUUAUUGUUGGAUACUGCUAUGCGCGAUGAAAAGCGCAAGUGAUGGCCAUUGUUCGGGAUAAGACAUCCCGAAAGAGGCAUGGUAAGGCCCUUAAAGAACGGAAUGUAAACCAGGGUAUACCCGUGUAGGGGGUGUAUAAAGGCGGGUCGGGAUACCCCAGGGCGUAUAGGCCUCGAAGGGAAUCCUCCGUCGUAUUGGGGGCCAAGCACACUCUCGUCUCCUGACUAACAUCAACACCGAAGAACGGGGAUUUGGAUGAGGCCUCGUUUGGGAGUGUCGGGGAAGAGAUCUACAACAGUCUUGGAUAAAAAAAACAUUGGACCCGUGGAAAAUAUAACUACAAUAGGAGCCAUGAUGGAAGAACUGCACAGCCUUGACCCGCGUCGCCAGGAGCUACUGGAGGCUCGCUUCACUGGGGUCGGUGUGACUAAGGGUUCCGGGCACAAUGAAUCAUCCAAUCAGAGCCUUGGCAGCGUGGGCUCUCUCAGCGACAAAGAGCUGGAGACCCCCGAGAAAAAGCCGAAUGACCAGAGAACAAGAAAGAGGAAAGCAGAACCGUAUGACGCCAGCCAAGGAAAAGGAGCAAGAGGACAGAAAAUUAGUGAUUACUUUGAGUUUGCGGGUGGUAGCGGUCCUGGUACCAGCCCUGCCCGGAGUCUGCCGCCUGUGGUCCGAUCCUCCCCGCAACAUCAGACCCUCUCCAACCCCCCAGCCACGGUGCAGCAGGGCAGCCCUUCAUCAUCUAUAGGUUCAGCCAACACAGAACACUCGUCUUCGUCCCUGAAGCCUCUCACCCUCUACGUGAACCACAAAGCCACACAGUCUGACCUCACAGUAGAGAAGCUAACUGCUAUGGAGAACAACAAGAACUCUGACCUGGAGAAGAAGGAGGGCAGAAUAGAUGACUUGCUGAGGGCCAAUUGUGACCUUCGGAGGCAGCUGGACGAGCAGCAGAGGAUGCUGGAGCGCUACAAAGAACGCCUGAACAAAUGUGUGACCAUGAGCAAGAAGCUGCUGGUGGAGAAGUCGAAGCAGGAGAAGAUGGCGUGUCGGGACAAGAGCAUGCAGGACCGUCUGCGCCUGGGCCACUUCACCACCGUGAGACAUGGUGCCUCCUUCACAGAACAGUGGACAGACGGAUAUGCCUUCCAGAACCUCAUCAAGCAACAGGAGAGAAUCAACUCCCAGCGAGAGGACAUAGAAAGACAGAGGAAGGCCCUGGCCAAGAGAAAACCGCCCUCCAUGGCCCAGACCCCGCCCCCUAGCCUGGAGCAGAACAAACGCAAGAGCAAGACCAACGGAGUGGAGAGUGAGGCGUUAUCGCAGGCGGAGUAUCACGAGCAAGAGGAGAUUUUCAAACUAAGACUGGGCCAUCUGAAGAAGGAGGAGGCAGAGAUCCAGGCGGAGUUGGAGAGGUUGGAGCGAGUGCGGAACCUGCACAUCCGCGAGCUCAAGAGGAUCCACAAUGAAGAUAAUUCUACGUUUAAAGACCAUCCUACGCUAAACGACCGCUACCUACUUCUGUACUUACUUGGCCGAGGGGGUUUCAGUGAGGUUUACAAGGCUUUUGACCUGACAGAACAGAGAUACGUGGCAGUCAAAAUCCACCAGUUAAACAAGAACUGGAGAGAUGAGAAGAAGGAAAACUACCACAAGCACGCGUGUCGAGAGUAUAGAAUCCACAAGGAGCUGGACCACCCACGGAUAGUCAAACUUUACGACUACUUUUCCCUUGAUACAGACUCGUUCUGUACGGUUCUAGAGUACUGCGAGGGGAAUGACCUGGAUUUCUAUCUGAAGCAGCACAAGCUGAUGUCUGAGAAGGAGGGUCGCUCCAUUAUCAUGCAGAUCGUCAACGCCCUCAAGUACCUCAAUGAGAUCCGCCCGCCCAUCAUCCACUACGACCUCAAACCAGGUAAUAUUCUCCUAGUGAAUGGCACAGCCUGUGGCGAGAUCAAGAUCACAGACUUUGGCCUGUCCAAGAUUAUGGACGAUGACAGUUACAACUCAGUGGAUGGGAUGGAGCUGACCUCACAGGGGGCCGGGACUUACUGGUACCUUCCCCCAGAAUGCUUUGUGGUGGGUAAAGAGCCUCCUAAGAUCUCCAACAAGGUGGACGUGUGGUCAGUCGGUGUCAUCUUCUACCAGGCUCUGUACGGACGCAAGCCCUUCGGCCAUAACCAGUCUCAACAGGACAUUCUGCAGGAGAACACCAUACUCAAGGCAACAGAGGUGCAGUUUCCCCCGAAACCAGUGGUCACAACUGAAGCUAAGGCCUUUAUAAGGCGAUGCCUGGUCUACCGGAAGGAGGACCGUAUAGAUGUGCAUCAGCUCUCCAGUGACCCCUUCCUCAUGCCUCACAUCCGCAAAUCUGUGGCUACGUCCGGGGCCUCCAGCGCGGCCAUCCCAUCCACCUCCAGCUCCUCCAAUAGCAGCGCCUCAAACUGAGCCCGCGCCGUCCGUCUCUAUGAAACUUGAGCGGGCGGACCUCGGUGGUUGGUGGAGGUGGGGGGUGGCUGCCCGAUCCAGCCACCUCACCACGUCCCAUCCUGCCGCGUCCAGCCAGGGGGCCUCUGGGGUGCAGGCAGGGGGUGUGUGAGGAGUCACGGGUGAGGUGUUGGAGUAGGGGGGUGUCAGGGGUCCACCUGGAGCCCCUACAUCCCCUGUGUCCACCCACCCGGCUCUCCUUCCCCUGAGGUGGGGUGGGGGCUGUUGUUCUGGGGGUCAAAGCCCUGGGCUCCACCGACCGUGAGCAGGGGAGCGUGGCCCUGCCCUGAUGAGAAACGGAGACAUUCUCCUGCAGCAGGUUGAAGAAAGGAAGGAGAAAAACAUAACAGAUGUGUUUGAAAAAUGGAAGGGACUUUUGGAAGAUCCUGUUUUCCGUUUCACUUCCCCCCCCCACACACACACACACACACACACACACACACACACGCGCACACACACACUGGGUUAUUCUUUGAUAAAUGCUUUGGUUGUCAUCUGAGAUGUCCCUGGCUGAGAGUACCAGUCACGGUUGCCUUUGGACUGGCUCUAAACACCCAUGGAUCUGUUCUCCUUGGCUGUUUGAAGGGGGGCAUGUUCGGCCCUCACUUUUCUUUCUGUUUUAAAUCCCUGUGACCAAAGCGGAAGACUUCCAGGUGGUGGCACUGUUCAACUGAAGUUUUUAUAAUGGUUCCAGUCCUGUAACUUGAUAUGAAGUAGAAAACUAACAAAAGGUCCCAUUUUUUCAUACUUUAUUUUUAAGAUUGUUACUUUUACCAAAUGUUAAGGAAAAAUUUAAUGUACCCCCCCCCCCUUUUAGAAAAUUGCCCCCCUUCAUAAAAACUAGUUGGUUGGGUCUAUUUGAAUAAAAAAAACAAUUGCCAGUAAAAUGCAAGGGACUGGUUUACCCAUGUGUAAGGUAAUGUUUGGAGGUCAUUGGGCCUCAGCAGAUAAUUGAAUAAA